AUGGAGCAUGAAAAUACUACACAGUCAGAAAGCUCAAAGUCAAGCUCCCAUAUCAAAUCCAUGAUCCACUCGCGGACACAUAUCGACGCCGGUGAUCUGGUCAUUAUUUACAUGGCUAGAGAUAAUAUGACCACUGUCACCGUCACUCCAGGUCAAGAGAUACAUAAUAAGUUUGGACGAUACUAUCACAAUGAUCUGAUCGGCCAGAAAUUUGGUACAAAAGUGAGUUGA